AAAAGCUGUUUCUUCGUUAUUAUACGAAAAAAAAAACGAAUGUUCAUGUAGAAAGAAUUAGAAGUGAUUCCAGUGUGAAAAACGUUUAUUUGAUAAAAAUGAACGACACGCGUAACGCGAAAAAAGACAAGAAACAACAUAUACAAGUUUACGUUCGUGUCAGGCCAACAAAUAAUGCUGAAAAAGUUGGGAAAUCAAUAACAGUUGUUGAUAUACAAUCUAAUCGGGAAAUAGUUGUCCGUGAAAGACUUCAGGAUAAAUUUACAAAGAAAUUCACUUUUGACAAAGUAUUUGGACCUUACUCGAAACAAAUAGAUGUAUACAAUGCAGUUGUUAGUCCUUUGGUGGAGGAAGUUAUGGCUGGAUAUAAUUGCACAGUGUUUGCCUAUGGGCAAACUGGUACUGGAAAAACAUUUACUAUGGAAGGAACUGACAAUGAUCCCUCAUUACAUUGGCAAACAGAUACUACUGCUGGAAUUAUACCACGUGCAUUAAGCCAUUUAUUUGAUGAGCUCCGGUUAAUAGAAGUACAGGAAUUUUCAGUGAGAGUCACUUUCUUAGAAUUAUAUAAUGAAGAAGUCUUUGAUUUACUGUCUCCUAUUGAUGAACCUGCUAAAAUAAGGAUAUAUGAGGAUCCAAUUAAAAAGGGUUCAGUAAUAGUACAUGGUUUGGAAGAAGUGGUAAUACAUAAUAAAAAUGAAGUAUUUAAAAUCCUGCAGAAGGGAUCAGAGAAAAGGCAGACAGCAACCACAUUAAUGAACGCAUAUUCAAGCCGUUCCCAUACAAUAUUUUCCAUUACCAUUCAUCUAAGGGACAAUACUAUAGAUGGUGAAGAAUUAUUAAAAACAGGAAAACUAAAUUUAGUAGAUUUAGCUGGUAGUGAAAAUAUUGGAAGAUCUGGAGCUGUUGAUAAAAGAGCAAGAGAAGCAUGCAACAUUAAUCAAUCUCUACUAACGUUAGGACGUGUUAUAACAGCACUGGUAGAGAAAACCCCGCAUGUGCCUUAUCGAGAAUCAAAAUUGACGCGGUUACUCCAAGAAUCAUUGGGUGGACGUACAAGAACUUCAAUUAUCGCUACAAUAUCUCCUGCUUAUAUUAAUCUCGAAGAGACAUUGUCAACUUUAGAUUAUGCGCAUCGCGCAAGAAAUAUAACGAAUCGGCCUGAAGUUAAUCAAAAAUUUUCUAAGAAAGCAUUGCUUCAAGAAUAUACUGAAGAAAUUGAAAGAUUGAAGAGAGAUUUACAAGCAACUCGUGAACGAAAUGGUAUUUAUUUAACUCCGCUCAGUUACAAUAAAAUCCAGUCUUUAAUAGAAUAUCAAAGUAAAGAGAUAGAAGGAAAAAUUAAUCAUAUUAAAGCGCUCCAAGAGUCUAUGCAUUUGAAAGAGCAAAUAUUUAGCGAAUUAAAAUCAAGAAAUUCUGAUCAAAAAAAUGAAUUAUUGAAUGUAAAAAACGAUUUGGAAACCACAGUAAAUACUUUGAUGUCGGUAUCGUCAAAUUUGGCGAUAUCGCAACAAGAAAAGGAGGAGCAAAAACAUCUUGUCGAAAAGCAUGCAUCUACCGAAAAAAUCCUCUUGACACAAGUACAAACUGUUUUAGAAGUAGCUGAUACAGCCACUGCCGAUGUACAUAAACUUCAUGAUAAAAUCUAUCGUAAAAUGCAAAUAGGACAACGAAAUAAUUGUCUUGCACAACAAUUUAAAAACAAUGUUAAAGAACGACUUAAAAAUAUAGAAGCUGACAUUUCAGCGUGGACUAAAAAUUUAAUGCAAUUCUACACGUUUAUAAAGGAUCAUAUUGAUACGGAAUCCGUUUCGUUUAGUCAGGAUAUUGAUAAAUCGAUUCGGAUUAUUUCCGAGGAACUUGUUAAUUCUGAGCACAACACACAUCAAGAAUUGACGAAGAAAAUAAAUGAUUCUCAUUUAAGGCAUCAACAGUGGCUUGAGAAUGAAAUAAAAUAUGUUACAGUUAUAACUGAUGAACAGUAUAAUAUAUUGAAUAAUAUAUGUUUUAAUAUUACACAGAAAAUUCAACAAUUGAUAGAUAAUAAUAUAGCUGAAAAUUUAAUUGCUUUAAAUAUCAAUAUAAGUAAAAAGUGUGACAAUUUGACAGAAUCUACAAAAGAAUUAAUAACAUCGAUUUGUAAGUGUUCAACUGAGGAGCGUGAUCGUUUAAACAAUAAUAUAUCGGAUAUUAGGAAACAAAUUAGUAGUAUCCGACACAAUAACAAAAGCGUUAUGGAGAGACGAAUAAACUUCGCCAAAAUGAUGCAAGAUUUACAACGUUGUUUCAACGAAUUACAAAAAGAACAAGAAGAAAAUGAUUUUACAAUGGAUGAUGCGUUAAGCAACAUCGAUAAAACAUGUGAAGUUAUGAAUAAUCAAGCUCUGGAUGUAUGUAAAAUAACCAUAGAGCAAGAGAACCAUAUACAAGAAAAGCUUGAAAAUGAAUUGCAAGCUGUGAAACAAGUAGUUGCAGAGGGAACAGAUAAGUCACGACUAUUAGUCGAAAAUGCUAUUGCCCAAGGUAAAUUACUAAUAAAUCAAUUCCAAGCAGACUUGAAUAAAAGUUGCGAUACAUUAAUGAAUUAUAAAAAUUGCGUGGUACGUAAUAUGAGGAAAAUGCAGCAAAAAAUGGAAGUUGAUAACAGUUUAAUUCUAUCAAUGAUUAAUGAUGUAUAUACGAAGAUUUAUGAUGAAGGUAUUGAACAUUCGCGAUAUUUAAAUGCUUGUAAAAUGGCAUUUAUGAAUGCGUCCACAGAAAUGACUAUAACGCUUGAGAGUGAAAAUAUGAACGCAGAAAAUAUGAAUAGCAGAAUUAUUGUAGAAAUGCAAGCAAUAUUUAAUCGAGUUGACAAAUUCUUUAUCGAAGAUUUAUAUCGUGAUAAACCGACAGGCUUAACUCCUGCGAGAAAGAACUUUCAGUAUUCCAAAAAGCUUAUUAAAACGUCACCGCAUGAACGAAUUCUUAAAAGGUUUAGAGAAACACUUGAGGAUAUAGAACAUAUGGAAGAUGAAUCUCCUCCCGGUAUUGAACAAUAACACAAC